AUGUGUAGAAAUGUGGGUCAUUUUUUUGGAAAUUGAAUUCUGAAACUUUGGAUGAAAUUUCACUAGAAUAUAUUUUUUCUAGUAGUUUUCGACUAGCUAAUCACGAUCUUUCCGUCUAAAAUUGCAGAUUUCAACUCCUAUUAUGAGUUAUGGCGUGACAAAAUUUGUAAUAAAAGCUAGAACUUGGAAUUUUUCGAAAAAAAAACCCGAAGUUGAAGAAAAAUCUCAGAUUCUUUGAAACCUGAAAUUUAUGAAAAAUCUCAAGUUGUUCAGGCCCUAAUUUCUUGAAAAAUCUAAAAUGUUUCAGAUUUUUUUUAAAUUUUAAUUUUUCUAGCAAAAAUGGGGUUUUAGGAGCUGAAAACUAGCUUUAAAAAUGAUUUUUAUGCAAAUCGAAUAGCAUAUGAUUGUACAGGAGGCUUGAUAAGAUAAGCCAAACUUUUCUUAACAUUUUUUGGCGUUUUUGAAUGUACUUUGUGAACUCCUGUGCAGUUAGAUUUGUGUGAAAAUCAUUUUUGAUCUAGUUUUCAGCUCCUAAAAUCCCGCCACAUCAUAACUCAUAUUAGGAGUUGAGUUCUCCAAUUUUAGACGAUGAGAUCAUAAUCAGCAACUCGAAAACUACUAGAAAAAAUAUAUUUGAUCAGAAAUCAAGACUAAAAGUUCCCUCGUAAAUAAUCGGAUCAAAUUUCAUUUUUAAAAAUCAUUUCCUAUUCUAAAAUAAUUCAAAAAAUUUUUUUCAGGGAUAUGAUGUUAAUGCUGAAGGUUACGGUGGUUGGACACCUCUCGCAGAAGCUGUUGAUUAUGCUCAAUUGGAAAAUGUCAAAAUUCUAUUGAAAUAUGGAGCCAAUGUGAAUUGUGUCAGCAGAGAAAACGUGGAAAAUCUCUCAGAUUCUCGAAAUAACCGGAAUGGUUGUCAUUAUCCAGGGGUGGGGAACCUGGCCUCAUGUUGGCCUCAUGUUGGCUUUGGUGGUAAGGAUAUAAGCCAUGACAGGUUCGCGUGCCUAACCUGGCUACCUGUCCUGUCCUGGACAGCCUCAUUUUUUAGUUGAGAAAAAACAUGCCGAAAAAAGAGGAGAUCGCAUUUUUAUUUUUUUUUGUGCAGAAAAAAAGAAUUUCUCUGUUAAUUUUUGUUCACGCGAGGACCGGACAGGUUAUAUGGCUUUCGGCCAUGUUCAAGCCAUGUUCGAGCCAGGACAGGUUACAAGGACCGGACAGCAUGAGGCCAGGACAUUUUCCCCACCCGUCAUUAUCGAAUAACGCCUUUGAUGGAUGCUGUAAUGAAUGGAUUUUAUGAAAUUGCGAAGGUUUUGAUGGAUAAUAAUGCUGAUUUGAGAAUGAUUGAUAGUAUUGGAUGGACAGCUUAUAAUCAUUUGGAGUUAGUUUGAUAUUUUGUAUUUCUAGAAAAAGAAACAAAAAUUAUUUUGUAGGAAUUUUAUAAAGGAUAAAGGUUGUGAUGAUGACGGAUUGGAGUUCAAAGAAUAUCUUAAAAAUGAGAUGAUACAACGAAAUAUCUCGUUACUUCCAAUGGAUCCAAGUUCGAGAAGAAGUUCAUCACAUGUAAAGGUAAGGUUGAGAAUUUAUGAAAUAUUUUCGCAAGCUAUUUUUCCCAAAAAUUUAUUCAUGAAAAUUUCAAAUGUAUUCUUCUUUAAGGAGAUUACUCAUGUCAUAAUUCAGAUUUUAAGUAAAUUAUAUGAAUUUAAGAAUAGGUUGAAAAUUUUAUCCGACAUUACCCCAAAAAUUAUAGGAUCAAAAUGGUCUCAUGAGCCAGUUUCUAAGUUAAUAGCUAAAUUUUAACAUGAGCAAUUGUUUUUAUUCAAUAAAAAUAAUUUCUGCAAAUUUCAGAAAUCACUUUGAUUUUUUUUUCAAUUGAACCUUUGAAGCUCCAAACCUCUAGAAAAUUUUCAGAAUAUUUUUUAUUGAUUUUUAAUGAACAAGAAAUCAUUGAUUUCUGAAGUUUUCAAUUUUAUAUUCAUUGAAGAUAUUACUCAUGUUAAAGUUGAGAUUUAAUUUAUGAAAAUCCUCAGAGAUCAGGAAUUUACGCAAAUGUUUUAUGGGCUAAUUUUGAAGAUCUAAAACUCUAGAAGUUUUUUCAUGUUAUAAAAAAUGCAUACAGAUUUCUCAUGUUUAAAUUGAUUCAUAAUUUUUCACCAAAUAAUAUAUAUCUUCAAACAUUUUUUAGCUGUCCGAUGAUAUUUUCGAAACCGAGAGUCAAAAUGAUGAUGAUGAUGAUUGCACAUAUAUCCCAUCAACAUCAAGAAUUCAAAAACGCCCAUAUUCUUUUGAAAAUUUCGAGAAUUUGCCAAAACGAAAACCCCCUUCACUUUCUUCAAAACCUCCACCAUUGAGACAAUCUCCGAAUGAUUUAUCUGCAAUAUAA